AUGUAUUUUAAAGACCCCGUGAAGAGUCUUGCUGAUGGGUUGCAUUUAAUUACUUCAGACCAUGAUGUGCUGAACCUGUCUGCUUGCCAUGAUGGGCAUGCCAUUUUGCAAUUAUAUAUUGUGUCUUUUGGGGAUGGAGGAGGUGAUGAAGAGGAUAGUCAAGAUGAUAAUGAAUAUGGAGGUAGGGCUGAUUUGGAUGAUCCUUGGUGGGAUGAUAAGCUUAGUGAUACUGAAGACGUAUUUGAUGUUGGUGUUGAUGUUGAUAGUAAUGUAGAGGAUAAUGAAGGGGGUAAUGAUGAGAAUAGUGAAGAGGGUGGUAAUGAUGAGAAUAGUGAAGAGGGUGAUGAGAAGUGUGAAGAGGGUGGUGAUGAUGAGAAUAGUGAAGAGGGUGGUAAUGGUGAUAAUGAAGAUGAAGUUGGUCAUGAUGACGAUGAUAAUAACUCUGAUAUGGCUAGAAGUGACAUACUUGUCUCACCAGUAGCUAGUGAUGAAGAAGAUGAAAAUUCUGAGUCAAGAGGGUCUGAGUUCCAUGCAGUUGACCGAGAGGAUCCAAGUUUGGAAGUUAAGAUGAGAUUCCCAGAUAUACAGACAUUUAGGGAGGUGGAUGAUGAAGCUACAUUCCAGAUAAUCAGCCUUCAAGGUAGACAUGUGUGUGGCAGGCAAUUUAGGAACUCAAUUGUAAACUCUAUAUGGAUAGCCGAUAAAUUGAUUGAUAAGUUUAGAGUUCAGCUCGACAUGCCAUUACAUGUGAUACAUAAUGAAGUGAAAGAAAGAUGGAGGAUAGAUGUGAAUCCGAGCAUGAUGUAUAGGGCAAGAAUCAAGGCUAAUAAAAAAAUAUAUGGCAACCAUGGGGGUCAGUAUGCGGCCUUGUGGGACUAUUGUGAGACCUUGAGAGCAACCAACCCAGGAAGUUGUGUUGUGAUGAAAGUGGAUAGGACAGUACCCGAGGCGAAUCCAAGGUUUCAAAGACUGUAUUGUUCUUUGGCAGCCAUGAAAAAGGGCUUUUUGGAAGGUUGCAGGCCUGUGAUAGGGGUGGAUGGGUGUUUCCUUAAAGGGCCAUUUAAGGGGCAACUUCUAGCUGCAGUUGGACGCAAUGUGUCUGAUCUUGGGAACCAUGAGCGGCAUGGCAGGCCAACAUUUAUUUCGGAUCGACAGAAGGGUCUAAUGCCAGCCUUUGAUUAUGUCAUGCCAACCGUCGAUCACAGGAUUUGUGUAAGGCAUCUUUAUGCGAACUAUAGGGACAUUGGGGGGCAUAGAGGAAUUGCCCUAAAGGAGAAGUUAUGGGCUGCAGCUUCUGCAUACACUGAAGGGGAUUUUCUAAGGGUAAUGGGUGAGCUGAAGAGAAUGAAGAGUGAUGCCCAUGAGUACUUGGCCAAAAUUGAUCCUAGUACAUGGUCAAGAGCAUGGUUUGCUACGGAUUCAAAGUGUGACCUUCAGCAGAAUAAUAUAUGUGAGUGUUUUAAAUCAUACAUUCUAAAGGCUCGCAAUAAGCCUAUCUUGAUCAUGCUGGAGCAGAUACGAAAAAAGUUGAUGAGGAGAUACCAGGCUAAGAGGGAUGGCAUUCAAAGUUUGACAGGGAAGUUAACUCCUAAAAUCCAAAAUAAGUUGGAUGCAAUACGGAAUGAAUCAAUGGACUGUGUUGCCCUAUAUGCUGGUGAUGACAUGUUUGAAGUGACUAGUCCAGAUGGUAGACAAUUUGUAGUCAACAUGAGGAGAAAAAGUUGUGGUUGUAGAGUGUGGGAAAUGUCUGGAAUCCCCUGUGUGCAUGCAUGUGCUACUAUUCGACAUAGUUCUAAGAAUGCAGAGGAUUAUGUUGAUGAGUACUUCACUGUGGAGAUGUACAAGAAAGCAUAUGAGCCAGUUAUAUACCCAAUGCCUAGUCAAGAGCAGUGGAUACCAACCCAGCAUGACAAGUUGGAAACCCCAGUAUCAAGAGUGGCCCCGGGUAGACCAAAGAAGGUAAGAAAAAGGCAAGUUGAUGAACGUAGAGAUCCGAAAAAUCCAAACAGAAUGAGAAAAUUUGGUGCUAGGAUGAAAUGCUCCAUGUGUAAGGGCAGAGGGCACAAUAAAAGGGCAUGUCCAAUGAGAAGUACCCAAGCAAGUGUUGUGCUGCCUACCCCACCUCCAGACAGUACACAAAGUACCACCUCAAGAACUCCUACACAGGCUACAAGAACAAAUCUGGUCUCACCGCCUCCACCGGUGAGAACAAAUUCAGUCCCACCGCCUCCACUAGCAACAACAAAUCCAGUCCCACCACCUCCACUAGCAACAACAAAUCCGGUCCCACCUCCUCCAAGGAGACGGAAGACACAAAGGGUCGCGGCUAUUUUUGGGAAGUCCAAACCGGGUCCCACCAUACCUAUUGAUCUAACUGAGGGUGAUAGUGAUGAACGAGGUGGCCCUGCAAUCCGAGGUGGCAGUGCGGGAACCAGUGGGACAGCAACUAAUCCGGCAUCCAAAAACAAGGGCAAACGUGUGGUGGCCACUGUUGAAAAGGCAAUUGAGAUUGCUGAAGCGAAGAGGAAGAGAAUGAGGCCAGAAUGGAAGCGUUAA